GCUUUCACAUUGCAGCAUCUAUGAGCCUUCCAGGGGCUCUCUGGCCAGCACUGUAAACUUUGCUCCUGAGCACCCUGUCCUUCUACUGAGGAGCCAGACUAGCAGGGGAGACCCCAAAGAUGGGGAAUUCGUACGCUGGGCAGCUCAAGACGACGCGUUUUGAGGAAGUUUUGCACAAUUCCAUCGAGGCAUCUCUGAGGUCGAACAACUUGGUCCCCAGACCCAUCUUUUCACAGCUGUAUUUGGAAGCUGAACAGCACCUCUCCUGCUUGGAAGGUGGCCGUUUGGAUAAUGAUGAUGAAGAGGAAGACGAUGAUGGGUCUGAAUCAAGCAGUCCACCUCACUCAUAUCAGAACAAACCUCCCCCUGAAGGCUGUUGUACAACUGAUGGCUUUUGCCAGGCCGGUAAAGAUCUGAGAUUGGCAACUGUGUGUACCGAACAGUUUGAAGUACCUCCCGGAUUCCUGUUGGUCGGUGCCAAGUCCCCUAGUUUACCGGACCAUAUUCUGGUGUGCGCUGUGGAUAAAAGGUUUCUCCCUGAUGACAAUGGUCGCAAUGCGCUCUUGGGAUUUAGUGGCAAUUGUGUUGGAUGUGGAGAGAAAGGGUUCCGCUAUUUUACGGAGUUUUCCAAUCACAUUAACCUCAAGCUGACCACGCAGCCCAAAAAGCAGAAACACUUGAAGUAUUAUCUGGUCAGGAAUAUCCAGGGGUUCCUGACGAAAGGUGCUCUGAUAUCCUGGAAGGGUACAGAGGUGCGGAGCCGGCACUCUUCAUCCAGUAUGUGCUCUAGCACCGGGUUAGCUCUGCAGGACACUACAAUUCUCAUGGCGAGCAAACUAGGUGACCCCGCUCCACAAAUGACCAGCACCAACUCUCCAGCAGGAGAUAAUGGCUAUCUACAGGCACAAACAGGAGUGCCAUAUCAGAAUGUGAAUGGCACAUGUACCCAGCAGUCAAAUAAACUGAAUUCAACUGCUACCAAACUCAUGGUAUUAGGAAAUGUAACAAAUUCUGGGCCUCCAAAAAAAAGACAUAAAGGUUGGUCUCCAGAGUCCCCUUCCUCCACAGACUCGGGCUUCCUGCAAAACAGCACAAUUACUGGUGGAAAAGUUGAUUCUUUAUCUCAGCUCUGUGCUCCAACAUCCACUGCUGGGAACAUACUCUCUUCCUCUCUGGUGGCUACAGGAGAGCCAGUCUCUGUCCCUGACAACCUUUUUAAGUCAUGCAUGAUCACUCCGGUCAUAUUUAAAGGUCAUGGAAACUUCCCUUACCUUUGUGGCAAUGUAAGUGAUGUUAUUGUGAGCCCUCUCUUAUAUAACUGCUACAAGAACUCCCAAGCUGUGCCCAAGACCUACGAACAGUAUGGGCCUACCACCAUUCAGCCUAUUUCAGAGGAAAUGCAGCUUUUGCUGACUGUUUAUUAUCUUGUCCAGCUUGCUUCAGACCAGGUGCCUCUUAUAGAAGAUCUAGAACAGAUAUUCAUGCGAUCCUGGCGGGAGACACACCUUGCCGAAAUCCGCCAGUACCAACAAACCAUGUCGCAGGCCUUUCCUCACUUCCCGAAUCCGAUUACGGCAGUGACUGCCUCUCAGCUGCCCUGGUUGGCAGGUCUGGCUGCCAGUUCUUGCAAUGAGAGUGUGAAGAUCAUUGAGUGCAGCUAUUCCUUAGCAGAAGGGCUGUCUGAGAUGUUUAAACUGCUGGUGGAAAGAAAACUGACCAAGACCAACUAUGUGGUAAUAAUCUGCACGUCAAGACCCAACUGCAUAGACUCCUGCAUUGCUAUAACAGGAAAAUAUCAGUCUCGGAUGUUAAUGGAAAGUAUGUAUACACAAGCGGAAUUCCUGAAAGAGGUCAACUAUGAGCUGGUCAGUGGCAAGGUGGAAUCUCUAGGAACCUUCUUCAGCAGUCUUUGUCCAGAUGGGGACAUAGAUGUUCUGCUGGACAAAUAUUAUCAGGAAAACCUUGGCAUAAUUUCUUCAACAACGAAAAAAAACAAUGUAGAUCCCAGACCGGCUACAUGUACUAGUUAUAAUUUGGAGUGGCAUCAACUUCGUCCCUCCCAACUGGCUGUGGCACAGAAGCUGUUGUCUCAUGUGUGCUCCAUUGCGGACUCCAGCACCCAGAACCUGGACCUGGGCUCCUUUGAGAAAGUUGAAUUUCUAAUUUGUGUCCCUCCAUCUGAAGUCACUUAUCAGCAAACACUCUCCCAAGUGUGGAAUUCAGGUGUUCUCGCAGAAAUUGGCAUUGAGGGGAAGCAGCUCACUAAGAGUUGUUUGGAGCAGUACGUCAUAAAGUUGGAUACAGAGGCUCCCAGUAAAUUUAAAUCUUUUCUACAAAAAGCCAUGCAGAAUCCGCACACACUGUUUAUCUUGCUUCAUGACCACGCUCACUGGGAUCUCACCAGCUCUUUAUACAGUCCAUACCCUCAGAAUGAGUCCUCCUUCGGGCUGGUGGACCGGCUGCUGAACUGCAGGGAAGUCAGAGAUUCUCCCAACAUUCUGAUUCUUCAUGUAACUUCCUGCCCCUACUCUCUGCAGACCCAGAACACCCAUAUCAGUCCGUACAACGAGAUCCAUUGGCCGUCCUCUCAUAGCCAUGGAAUGGAUCUGUACAAUGAAAAAAGGAAAUACUUUGGUCUGUCCCAGUACAUUGAAUCCACACUGUCAGGACACAGUCUUCCUCUACUGCGCCAUGACAACUCCUUUGAAGGCAUUGUGAUGGCAUUAGGAAAAAGGUUUCCCAAGCUCCACAGUGCCGUGAUACGGACAUUUCUUCUCAUCCAGCAUUACUCGUCGGCCAUGAUGGCUGUGUGCGGUUUCUCUCAGAUGAAGAAUUACACCUCGGUGGAAACCCUGGAGAUUGUUCAGAACCUCCUGAAUUCUCCCAAGCAGUGCGCCAGCAGACACGGGCUGAUGGUUCUCUUACGGAUUCCUUGCAUUCCACUGGCCACCUUGGCUUAUGAACGUCUCUGCCAUGUUAGAGAACGCCUCGGUCUACAACAUGGAUUUGAGGUUAUUCUGGGAAAAGCCAAUUCAUCAUUCACUAUUGGAAAGCACUUUGUAGACCAGCUGAAGAUCUGGCAGAAAAUCGAGGAUGAAGACUGGCAGCCUCGGACUUAUCUAGAACUAGAGGGUCUUCCGUGUAUUCUGAUAUGCAGUGGCAUGGAACCUCUUGGAGAAUCUCUGCCAAGAUCAUUGAGGUACUGUGACCUCCGACUAGUCCAGUUCAGUACAUGGGAAAGAACAAAAGUGGAGCAAGAGCUGGGAUUUGCUUCAUGUUUUAUAGACACUGUGAUGUCUCAGGACAAAGGGCUUGGAAGGGAAAUGAUGAUGGACAGUGACCCAGACAAGCUAAGCAGCACAGACAAUGAGGAUGAAGAAAUGAUGACUGAUGGGUCUAAUUCAGAGAAGCAGAGCCCUGGUAAAAGGCAGAGAUCUCAGUCAAAUGAUUCCUCCUCUUCAUCUGUGUGUUCUAAAGCUUCUGGUUCCAUAGCAGACAGCGAGUCCUCAUUAUCCCCUAUGGCAGAAGACAUUGCAAAGCCGACUCAGCAUUCAGGGGUUUCUAAUAGUGAAGAUUGCAUAGCUGCAUCAGAGAAAAUAAAAUUGUCAGCUGAUAGGAACGCCAAGGUUGUCACAAGUGAACAGAUGGACAGCAACAGUUCUGCCAAGUCCAUGAAGAAUCCAAGCUCCAUAUCCACCACUUCUUCAUCAUCAUCAUCUUGCUUUAACGGUGCUAAUGGCCUACAAAUCUACCAGUGUCCUAUGGCCAAGGCUUACAAACAGCCACCUGUGGUGUUCCUCUCCAAACUAGUGUAUGAUAUCAUCACCUCCACUGACAGCAGUGGUCUUUCUAAGUCAUCAUCUUUCUUGCCACACUGUGAUGUGGCCUGGGCCAGCUCGUUCCGCCCACUUCUGAGCAAAAUAAUGACUUGUACGGAACAAUCUUUGUACUACCGCCAGUGGACAGUGCCAAAACCAAGCCACAUGGACUACAGCAAUGUAAAUGAAGGUAGAAUGGACACCUUCCAUCCAAGAAGACUGUUGCUUAGUGGGCCACCUCAGGUGGGAAAGACGGGAGCCUAUCUGCAGUUUCUCAGCGUCCUGUCUAGAAUGCUGAUACGAUUGACUGAGGUGGAUGUGUAUGAUGAAGAAGAGAUAAAUAUCAGCCUCAAAGAGAAGCCUGAGCAGAAUUUCCAUCAGAUCUUAGACAUGUGGCCCAGUGAGGAUUUAGUGAGGAAGAUGGACUUUGACUACCUGCUGCAUGAUCCUAAGUAUGAAGAUGCAAGCAUUAUCUCGUCUGAUUUUCCCAAUCCCAGCCCCGAAGAUAAAUCAACAUACCGGAAAAAUGAAGACCUAUAUGUACAACGACCAACAACACGCAUGCGAUUAUCAAAAUAUGCCUCUUAUAAUACUUACCACCAUUGUGAGCAGUGCCAUCAGUACAUGGGAUACAACCCUAGAUUUCAGAUGUAUGAAUCCACAUUACACGCUUUUGCAUUCUCCUAUUCCAUGCUGGGAGAGGAAAUACAGUUACACUUCAUCAUACCUAAAUCCAAAGAGCACCAUUUUGUGUUCAGUCAACCAGGUGGCCAGCUUGAAAGCAUGAGAUUACCACUUGUCUCGGAUAAGAGUGCUGACUGUGUGAAAAGCCCCAUCUUCACACCCACAACGGGCCGCCAUGAACACGGUCUAUUUAACUUGUAUCAUGCUAUGGAUGGCAGCAGCCAUUUACACAUCUUAGUCGUUAAGGAGUAUGAGAUGGCAAUCUAUAAGAAGUAUUGGCCCAACCACAUUAUGCUGGUCUUGCCUAGUAUCUUCAAUAGUUCCGGAGUGGGAGCUGCUCAUUUCCUCAUCAAGGAGCUGUCUUAUCACAACCUGGAACUGGAGCGGAACAGACAGGCAGAGCUCGGGGUUCAGCCCCAAGAUAUCUGGCCUUUCAUAGUUGUAGCAGAUGAUUCUUGUGUGAUGUGGAACACAGUGGAUGUCAGUGUGACAGGAGACCAUGCAAGGGAGUGCUCAUGGACGGAAAGAAAUGUAUCUUUGAAGUACAUCUUGCAGCAAAUGGAGGCAACGCAGAACAUCACUCAGUACGCCAUGCUUGGCAUGUGGAAGUGGACCAGUAAAACUAAAAGCAAAGACCUGAGAGAACCUUUCUCCCGCUGUCACCUGCAUGACUUCCUCCUCCUCAAUGUGGAUCUGACGCAGGAUGUUCAGUACAACCAGAACAGGUAUACUUGUGAUGAUGUAGACUUUAAUCUCCGAGUGAACAGCUCUGGGCUGCUUAUUUGUCGUUUUAAUCGGUUUAGCGUCAUGAAGAAGCAAAUCGCUGUGGGAGGACACCGGUCUUUGCACAUCAAACCCAAAGCUCUCGAUUCCUCAAUGUCAGUCUCGACAGCUCACUACAUCUGUGCUCCCGACAGCAACCAUACCGUCUUGGCUGCGCCGGCUCAUCUACUUCUGGAGAAAUUCCUUCAAUUUCACAGCCAGCAAUUCUUUCCUCUGUCAGUGACUGACUCAAGCCACCCGGUGCUGGUGGUAGAUUGCUAUCUUAACCUUGGUCCUCAGAUUACAGUGUGCUAUGUCAGUUCGCGACCUCACUCCAUCAAUGUAAACUGCACUGGGGUAACAUUUAGUGGACUUUUGCUCCACCUGUGCGAUUCCUUUGUUGUAGCCAGUUUCUUGAAAAAUUUCCAAUUUCUGAAAGAUGCCACACUGUGUGUUGUGUGUCAGGACCGCAGCUCCCUUCGCCAGACAGUCAAUAGGUUAGAACUGGAGGAUGAAUGGCAGUUCCGCCUACGGGACGAGUUCCAAACAGCCAAUGCCAAGGAAGACAAACCCUUGUUCAUCCUGACUGGGCGCCAUGUUUAACACAAGUGGACCUUAACCAGAUGUUACUGUGGCAGCACAUACUCCCAAGUGCAUGCUCUCUAUGGUGUCUCAAAGCACUGGUCUUAUUUCUGUUGCACUGAAGAAACACUGUAUUGAAACAAGCCACAAAACCUUGCAUAAAAAAUAUUACACAGUGGAAACAAACAUUUAUGACUUUUCCCGCUGAUACUUAGUAUUUAAUAAGUAUUUGUAUAUAUUUGAAGCACUGAGAAAUAGGGGAAUUUGUACCUUUUAUUUUUCUGAAAUUGUAGAUCAUGUUUUAUUUUUAUUGUGUCAAUAUGUAUUGUUAGAGUAUUUUCAUUUUUAAUGACAUGUAUGUUACAAUGUAGCAAUAGGGAAUCGGCUGAUAUAACGGCAGCUAGUGAGUUGGCGCUAGUUUGCCACAUGACCAGCCAAACCCCAUACGCUAGUAGCCAUACCACCCACCAUUGUUAGGACAUAUACUGCAAAGGAGAUGUUCUUCCUGCACAGGAAUACAGCUCUGUUUACACCUAGCUUUAUAAAGAUCAUUCAUUCCUUUGGUGCCUCUAUGAGUCUUACGUCUAUAAACAGAACCAUACGCCUGUUUAAUGCACCUGCAGUUACCAUAGAGAUUAAUGUGCACCUUCAGUUUUGCAGGAAAUUAUAUGCAGGGAAACAAAGGAUGGUAGAUGCUGCUUUCUUUUUCAUAGUUAUAAGGCAUAUUUAAAAGGUUUAUGUCAAAACCUGCCUUCAGCACCAUUAAUCAUUUCCCAAAUCUCAUAUACAACUGGAACCAGACCAUGGAAAGGUUUGGUGUCCCAUAGUGAGAUUCUGAGUUACUGAUUGACAGUGGAGCCUGGCAUAUUAGAACUCUGAUCUGCUUGUGGUAACAGACAUACAGUACAUGGGCACACAAGCCUGGAGUGUGUCUUUUGCCGCGGACACACGAUCGGAUUUUCCAAGGUUUUUCCGACGGAAUUCCGCUCAAGCUUGGCUUGCAUACACACGGU